GUCGCCGCCAUUUUUUUCAACCACCGUUUCCUUUUUAACUCCGCGAGGCGGCGCGCAUGAAUUUUUCCUUUUCCUUCCAUGAUGGCGGUGAGUGACGCAAAGCCGGCCCCCGUUAAAAAAACCGGAAAGAAGUUGGAGAAAAAAGUCAGAAAAGAGCCGAAGGAUGCGUCGAAAAAUGUUAUGCGCGAAGUUCGCAUACGAAAAUUGUGCCUAAACAUUUGCGUCGGUGAAUCCGGUGAUAGACUGACCAGAGCCGCCAAAGUUUUGGAACAAUUGACGGGACAACAACCCGUCUUCUCCAAAGCUCGUUACACCGUCAGGUCCUUCGGCAUCAGACGUAACGAAAAAAUCGCUGUACAUUGCACCGUUCGUGGAGCUAAGGCCGAAGAGAUCCUCGAACGCGGUCUCAAGGUUCGAGAAUACGAAUUGAGAAAAGAGAACUUCUCAGGAACCGGAAACUUUGGUUUCGGUAUCCAGGAACACAUUGAUUUGGGCAUCAAGUACGAUCCUAGCAUCGGAAUCUAUGGUCUUGACUUCUACGUAGUUCUUGGACGACCAGGUUUCAACGUAGCUCACAGAAGGAGAAAAACCGGUAAGGUUGGCUUCCAGCACAGGCUUACCAAAGAAGACGCCAUGAAGUGGUUCCAACAGAAAUACGACGGUAUCAUCCUCGCCGGCAAGAAGUAAUUUACUCGUUCUGUAUUUUACUAUUGACAUUACAAAAUAAACAACAAAAAAAUCACAAAAAA